UUCUUUACCCACAGUGCACCGCGGCGAAGCAGCCACGUAAACGUAGAGUCAUCAGCGCCGGCUAGGAUUAGCUGCUAGCUCCUAGCUGCCUCCGCAGCCUCGUAGCUACACGUCACAGACGUCCACACGAUGCUGCGCUGCUUCAUCAGGGCUUCAGUGAGAUUGCUGUCAAAGCUUUAAGAUGUCGAUGGUGUUGUUCGCCUCUGUGGUCCGGGUCGGGGAUGGCCUGCCUCUCUCUGCAUCCACCGACUACGAGCAGGACAGAGAGCUUCAGGAAACCAAGAGACACCUCAAAGGUCUCUCCAAGAAACUCAGCCAGUUCCCCGACCGCUGCACACUGAGGACCGGAUCCUAUAAUGUCAAUUUCACCAGCUCACUGGGUGUGGGAUACCUGAUGGUGUGCACCGCAAACUACCCCAACGUGUUGGCCUUCUGCUUCCUGGACGAGCUACAGAAGGAGUUUAUUGUCACCUAUGACACCAAACGAAUCAACAGCGCUGUGCGGCCGUACUCUUUCAUUGAAUUUGACACCUUCAUCCAGAAGACCAAACAGCGCUACAACAGCCCGCGUUCCCUGUCCACCAAGAUCAACCUGGCUGACAUGCAGACCGAGAUCAAGCUGCGACCGCCCUACCAGCUCUCCCCCGAGGACCUGCGGGCUAUCAAUGGGUUCUCAGUGCACACGCCCUCUAAAUACAAGGGUAUAGCUCCCACGCAGAUGCUGGAGCCGGUGACUCUCCCCGGCAUCGUGUCCUGUGUGCUCAGUGUUCUCUGCGGAGGCCUGAACCUGCUGCGAGGGGUCCACGCUAUAGAGAGCAUACUACAGAACGACGAUGAAGACUUUAAUUACGUGAUUGCCUUCUUCCUGGGCACAGCAGCCUGUCUGUAUCAGUGCUACCUGUUUGCCUACUUCUCCGUGUGGAGGAACAGUAAGUCCUUCCUGGCGUUUGCACUCAUCUGUCUGUCCAACAUGUAUCUUUAUGAACUGAGGAACAUGUGGCAGAUCCUCUUCCACGUGGCAGUGGGGGGCUUCAUGACCCUGCAGAUCAGACUGAGGCAGCCGCUCGGAAAAGCGCCAGACUACAACGUCUGACAAAAACUCUAAACAAAACACAAAAGGACCAUUGGACCUUCAGCUGGACGUCUCGCAUGUGCCCUGGAAAAGCAGCACCAGUGGACUGUGACAGAUCUCAGUGUGGACUGAUGCUUGCUCAUGUAUGGAACUUCCUGGAUUGAUUUUGGGAGCUGUCUGCUCCUCGACAUCAUUAUUUGAUUAAGAUCACUCAUUUGACUUCUUUUAAAAGCAGCCAUAGUUUAAGUCAGAGUCCUGCAUGUGUCCAGUUUUUCAAACCAACACUCGUCCUGCGCCUGUAAAGCUACUGUAAGUAACCAGCAGCCAACAGCACAACAACACACGUAGAACCGAAUACAUCGGCUAUACACUCACUCUGUUGACAGUGCAUUAGUUACUUGGGUUCACUCCAGUACUGGAGUUCCAACACCAAAAAUACACAUUUUUCCUCCUGUGUCAUGUUUUUAUUGUUUUUUUUUUCAUUUAAUUAAUUCAAACUUAAAACUCAUAAACAACUAAUGAACACAAAGCAGCUCUACGAAAACUUUGCCAAAAAUUAACCAAAUUAAGAUUUAAAACAGGAAAUAUCAAAACGCAGUGCAAGCAACCAAGACUAAAAACCUAACACACACCUGCGUCUGUCAGCAGACCUUCUUCACAGCAGCCUUGUAGACGUAAGGUCAGCAAGGUGUUGCCAGUGAUGCUGAUUCAGGUUCACUUCCAUCCAUCUAUGAUCUGUAACAGCUUCUCCUCAUCAGGGUCACGCUGAGGCUGGAGUCCAUCCCAGCUGACUCUGGGUGAGAAGCAGGGUACACCCUGGACAAGUGGCCAGUAGGUUCUGUUCCACUCAGGUCAAACAGAGUCGGGGUGCAUUCAUUAGUACUAGGAGGCUGCUGUGAAACGGGUCUGUUGACAUGAACAAACUAAGAAGUUCAUUUAGGGUGUGAAUGUGGAAAAAAAUCUUUGCACGAGAGCUCCACGUCAGAGCUGGAAAACUGGACAGCGGUGUGUUGUGAUGAGUCACUGGAGCACGGGGUUACAUAGAGAACAAUCGAUGCAUGCAUUUCUGGUUGUCCCCAAACAUUACUGAGGUUUAACACCCAGCCCUGUUCUUUCCUUGAGCUCGGCUAAUCCCAACCCUUGUAGGCUUGACAGGCAGAACCCAACAUUCAUCUCACUUUCUUGUUCACAUGAUAAUUGUAAUUUCUACCUGUUGAACGCAUGUUUUUGCACAUGUACCCGUGUGUACCUGACCCGGUGCAGGACUCUGGUUUAGGUAUUGGUUUAAAACUAUGCAAUACUGCCUUUUGUGUGUGUGUGUGUGUGUGGCCCUGAUUUCAGUUUUUGGUGUAUUCUGUAUUCAGGAGCUAAUGAUUUGCAGAUAUGUCAUUUUGUAGACACUUCAUUUUGCUAUUUAUUUCCUGACGUGGUCAUUGAAGAUUUCUACAGAUUUUAUUAGUUUCAUUUGUUUUAAAUUGCUUCAUGUGUUUUUUGAUUUUUUUUUAACGCAGGCUUGGGACUAGCUGUCACAAAGUACCUCCUGCUUCAGUAGACACAAACAGCCUGUUAGCAUUCAUACCCUUCUUCCUCACCCACACAGCCUCAAGCAUAUGCCAGUGUCAAAUGACUGUGUUAAUAAACAGGUGUGUGCUGGCAGCAGUAAAGAUACGUAGCCGUGUUGUCGAGGCCAGAGGCAGCGCGUAUCAUCUGAGCGGCCUCUGGUGUGCUCUUCCUCACACCGAGCCGCGCAGUUCAGACAUGGCUGCACCUGCCACUUCUACAAAAUCAUCAUUGUA